AUGGUAGUAAUAAAUGCAAGACAGAAGAUGAUGGCAUUUUAUAUAACGAUGUUUUUAGAAAAUUCUUUAUUGAUGGCCAUAUGGGUUGGAUUAAGAGGUGAUGUUAAAUGGUUUCAUUAUCCUGUUAUUGGAAUAGUAUGGGGUGGAUUUGUUUUGGGAAUUAUAUUUAUGAUAUUAUAUUAUUACUUCUUUCAUAUCAGACGAUUAAAACAUAAUGUAGCUGUUGCAUCUAAUCCAGGUUCUGACUGUUCAGUUUGUCCGACAGGUUCUUGUGCCAAUCAUUCAGGUAGGACUAGUUCAUAUUAUAUCAGUGAACCUUCAGCUAGUGAUACAGCUGGCGGAAAUCACAAAACUGUGUACAAAACUCGUAACAGUGCCAUUUUUCACACUGCCAAUGCUCUUCAGAAUGGUGUGACUAAUAUUCCAGGUGUUUUCAACUGUCGUUUAAAUCCCGCUCUUAAGAGAAAGAAGAAGAAACCAUCUACAUUUGUGCCCCCACCACCUCCAGUAACAUCUUUAGCAAGUAAUGGUAAAACAUCCAAUGCUUUUUGGAAGAAAACAUCACCAAAAUCUGGUGGAAGUGAUCACGAAAGUAGUGUGGGAUCUCGAGUGAACAUUCAACAGAAAUUACAAGAGAAAAAACAACAGCAGCUUCAAGAAUUAAAAGAAAUUGAAGAGGAAAUCAAACAAGGAAAAUUAAAGAGGCCUCGCCCAUUAGAAAUUAGCGAACAAGGAACACUCAGGCAACCUGUUCCACAGUCAAAGAAGCAACCUUGGUUACGUCCAGAAUCUCCAUCUAGUGGAAUUCAAUCCCAUCUUCCAUAUCAGUCCAUAAUUAGUCCAUUAGCUACAACUGGUAUUCGAUUAAAAGCAAAACAGAGAUCACAAACACCAGAAAUAUUACUUCUGCCUAAUUUAAUCGAUAACAGUCGAAUUUACUACGAAUAUCAAGAACCUCGUGCUUUAUAUUCAGUCGUACCUCGAAUAAGUUUCCACCAAGCCUCCGACUUAUCUAGUAACAGUAACAUGUCAGGCGUAUCUAGAAGUAAAGGUUGUGCUCGUAAUAGAAACAAAAAAGAAGGAUCUCAAGAUCAACACGGUGCUAUGUACAAAUCAUAUCGUAUUCCUUCAGAUUUGGACAGCCAAAUAUCUCUUCCGAGAUCAUACACUCUUCCCAGGGAAUUCCGUUACUAUCGCCGUCCCAAGACAAGAAAGGCAAUAAGGACCGAGCAUUUCAUAACAUCGAACAAUUCGAGCGACGGCGACGUCGAUUCUGCAGACGAAAACGACGAAGACAUCGUUUUCUCGAGCAGCAGAGUCACGGCACACAUUCGCUUUCAUCCUUACCCACAAACGUUCAGAAAUUCAGCCCUGGGACAGCUCCACGAAACAAAACUAUAA